AUUAGUUUUAAGAAAUUUUAAUUUUCCUAAAAUGUUUUUCAAUAUCUAACAAAAUCUAUAAAAAUGAAUUUAAAGAUAAUUGAUGAUUAUGUAAAAAGUAACUGAUUUUUAUGAAAUAUAAAAAUAUUAGUUAUAUUUUUGUACUCUCCAAUUAAUUUGUUAAAUAUGGCUUCUACUUCUAGAAGACAAACUACAAUUGGAGCUAGAAAAAGAGGUGUACCAAAAAUGGAAUUGACUGCUGAACAAAAAGAUGAUAUUAAAGAAGCAUUUGACUUAUUUGAUCCAGAUGGCACUGGAAGAAUAGCUACCAAAGAACUUAAAGUGGCUAUAAGAGCUCUUGGAUUUGAACCAAAAAAGGAAGAGAUAAAAAAACUUAUAGCUGAUGUUGAUCCAGAUGGUCUUGGCACAUUAUCAUUUGAAGAAUUUUUAAAUUUAAUGUCUACAAAAAUGUUAGAAAAGGACACAAAAGAAGAAGUUUUAAAAGCAUUUCGUCUUUUUGAUGAUGACAAUACAGGAAAAAUAACUUUUAAAAAUUUAAAAAGAGUUGCUCGAGAAUUAGGAGAAAAUCUUACAGAUGAAGAGCUGCAAGAAAUGAUUGAUGAGGCAGAUAAAGAUGGAGACGGAGAAGUUUCUCAAGAAGAGUUUUUACGUAUUAUGAAGAAAACUAGUUUGUAUUAACAUUUCAUUAUUUAUUUUUGAAUUAUUCUGUAAAGAUUGCUUUUAUCUGUAAGUUGCUUGUGUGAUUUGUGUAAGACAUUACUAUUAUCAAUUAUUUCGAUUUAAAAGCUAACUUUAUUUUAUAUAAUGAUACACAAUACUAAAUAUAAAUAAUAGUUAAUAGUAUACAAUAGUAUACACUGGUAUUAACUUAGAGAUAUUGGAAAAAUAUUAAAUAUUUUGUUCAUAAACACUACAAAAUAAUUAUAAAAAGGUUUAUUAUUAUUUACUUAUUACUUUAUAAUACUUAUAUACUUCAAAAUUUUGUACAACUUCUCAUUUAUUUAGAAGUUUCUUGUUUAAUUGUUGAUAUAGCAGCAUCAAUUAAUGACCUUAUCAACUCUGCUCUUUUCUUACAUUUACUUAAACUUUUUGAAAAUAAAUCUUGUGAAAUUGGGAUUCCACCUAAAUAAAGAAUAUAUAGUAUAUUAAAUCAGCUUCAAUAAUAAAUACAAUAUGCUUAAAUUUACUUAUUUUAAAUAGCAAAUAAAUUUAUACCAGGUUUGUGUAUGCAACAAAUCUUUUCUUCAUUCAUUACAAUUGUCAAUCUUCCUAAACAUAAACUUUCUUCAUCAUCAGUAGGAUCAGCAACCAAUAAUUGACUAAAAAUAUUAAUAUGAAUUCAUAAUUUCAUUUGUUAACUAUUCUAAUGGAUUUCAAAUUAAAUAUAACUUACUCAUUAAAUAUUGCAAAAGUUAUAGAAACUGGUAAUGCUUUAACUAGGAACCUUAUUCUUUUUGUGGAAUUUACAGAUACUCUUCCAGUUUCUAUAUUAUAAAGUGUUUCAGGUAAGGUUACUAUAAAAAAAAUGUAUAUAUUGAAGGUAUAUAGUUAAGUAUAUUCGAACCAUAUUAUUGUAAAUUAUUAAAAACUUACAAGUA